AUGUGGAAACCAGCCACCCGCCAAAUAACUGGAACAAAUGAUGUUCCCCUCGGUUCUCGACGUCGGUUUGGCCCUGCACCCGUCGACGAUGCGCCGGCUCCUCAGCUGGCUCAACCUUCCCCUUCAGUGUAUCCUAGAUCCCACAAUCAGGAUGAAAGUCCCGGAAAGCGGGGAAGAGACGAGUCGCCAGUAAACGGUGAUCCUAAAGUUGACCCCAAUGCUCCUCGAAAGCGGCGCAGUCGCUGGGGUGAUGCCAAAACCGAAAUUCCCGGCCUUCCCACUGCCAUUUCUGCCGCUGGUGUAUCUCAGGCACAGCUUGACAACUACGCCAUCCAUCUUCGAUUGGAGGAAAUCAAUCGCAAACUUAGGUUGAAUGACUUUAUUCCGCCUGAGCGGGAAAGGUCAGCCUCCCCUCCCCCAACCUAUGAUGCCCAUGGUCGAAGGACUAACACUCGCGAAGUCCGUUACCGCAAAAAGUUGGAAGAUGAACGUAUCAAGCUUGUUGACCGUGCUAUGAAAAACGACCCCAACUUCCGCCCGCCUGUCGAGUAUCACCAGCAAAAACGUUCGCAGCGCCCUUCUGACAAAGUUUAUAUCCCUGUCAAAGAGUUCCCAGAGAUCAAUUUCUUUGGUUUGCUUGUUGGACCUCGUGGUAAUAGUUUGAAGAAGAUGGAACGUGAGAGUGGUGCCAAGAUCAGCAUUCGCGGGAAAGGCAGUGUGAAAGAAGGAAAGGCCCGUCCUGACCAAUAUGCUGACGAUGCAGAGGAAGAUCUUCACUGUCUUGUCCUCGGUGACACCGAAGAGAAAGUCGCGGCUUGUGUCAAGAUGAUCAACAAGGUUAUAGAAACUGCUGCCUCUACACCUGAAGGCCAGAAUGAUCACAAACGCAACCAGUUGCGAGAGCUAGCUGCCCUUAACGGCACUCUUCGCGAUGAUGAGAAUCAAAUUUGUCAAAAUUGCGGUGGAGUUGGCCAUCGCAAAUACGAUUGUCCUGAACAGCGAAACUUUACAGCUAACAUCAUUUGUCGUGUCUGCGGAAGUGCUGGCCAUAUGGCUCGUGAUUGUACUGUCAACAAAGAUCCUAACGCCCAGGCUGUUUCUAUCAAUGGACCCUCACAAGCUCUUAGCAGGACUGGAUUUGAUUCUGAAUAUGCCAGUUUGAUGGCUGAAUUAGGCGAAAACGCAGGACCUGGAGAUCCCGGCAAGACACCUUGGGACGCCCCCAGCAUGGGUCACGAUAUCACUGCUGGUGGUUCCAACAUUCCCCCUUGGCGUAGACCAGAAUCUUGGAUUCAACCUGCUAACAAUCAGCAAAAUCAAGGUUUCCGCCCGCCUCAGGCAUAUGCAGGAGGGUAUACCGGUGCUCCUGGAGGUUAUGGGGGAGCGGCUGGUGGGCAGUGGGCUGGUUAUGCGGCAGGUGGCUAUCAGCAACCUCAAGAUUACGCCAACUAUGCCCCGUACUAUCAAGGCCAAUAUGCUCAGUAA